AUGUACGAGGAAGAAAUGUACUUUGCUGGAACGGAGAGAUUUUCGAAGGGAUGGAGGUUGGCUUGUAUAUAUCAUGCCAAUGGCCAAAUUGAUCUGACCAUUCGUUUCACGUUAAGAUAUCAGAAGAACAAAACGAUGGUGUCAAGCUCUUUGAUGUUCUUUGCUCUGCUGUCGAAACAGCAGAUAUAUGUCAUAUUUUUAGCAGGAUUGAGGGAAUCCUCAGAGCGUUUAUAUUUUGGACGUGAUCCCCUAGGUCGGCGAUCGUUGCUCCUCCACGCACCAACACAAGAUAUGCCUUAUUUGCUGUUAUCAUCUGUGUCGGGCGGUGCAAAUCCUGCUUAUGAUUUUCUGGAGCUUCCCACUGAGUAUAUAUACAGUUUCGAUCUUAAAUCUUGGGAGCCAUCGUUAGACAUACAUGCCUCUUUUCAUCAAAAUCUUGUUGCAAACUCCAGAGUUCCGGCUCUAUCUGACGUUGUGUUGAAAUCAUUUGCCGUUCCCGCUAAAAUCAAUAUCACAUUACCUUCAGGAGAUAUCCCACAAGUAAAAAAUUUAGCAAAUAUUCCUCAACAUCUUAAACAUGCAGUAGAUGAUCUCAUAUAUCAACUCGAUCGAAGUGUUAUGCUCCAGGUGAGCAAUAUUCCCUACCAUUCAGAAAGAAAUAAGGCCAGAGUUGCAGUACUGUUUAGCGGUGGAAUCGACUCCACAAUCUUGACUUUUUUGGCAAACAAGUACAUACCCUUGGAAGAGCCAAUCGAUUUGCUCAACGUGGCCUUCGAAAAUCCUCGAAAGAUCCGAGUUCAGCAGCAAGGAAAUAUUGGAGGUGUUUCAAAACGACACAAAAAGCGGACACAUUCAAAAGAGCGCAACAUGGAACACAAUGAGAAACGCGUUAUUUCGUACCUUGUCCCAGAUAGAGUAACUGGAAUGCAAGAAGUCGAAGAACUUCGCAGGCUUUGUCCUGGUCGCACUUGGAACUUCGUCGAGAUCAAUGUCCCAUUCGAGGAAUGCCAGGCUGCACGGCCCUUGGUGGAGUCACUCAUGCAUCCAAGUCGGACUGUCAUGGAUCUUAGUCUUGCAUUGGCGUUGUUCUUUGCAUCUAGAGGAGUAGGCCAGAUUCGGAAGAAUUUCGAGUCGGAUCCUGUACCAUACACCAGCGAAGCCAAGGUUCUUAUCAAUGGACUUGGCUCCGAUGAACUACUUGGAGGAUAUGGUCGCCAUCGUUCUGUCUAUAGUAGCGGUGGUUGGGAGGCAGUCAUCAACGAAUUACAAGAAGAAAUCGAUCGUAUACCGACUAGAAACUUGGGCAGAGACGAUCGUGUAAUUUCCUGCCAUGGCAAAGAAACACGCCAUCCUUUCCUCUCCUUAAGCCUGGUGUCUUUUCUAGCUUCCUUGCCUGUGCACUUCAAAAUGGAUCCUCGACUAGAGCCUGGCAUUGGAGAUAAGAUGUUACUGCGAUUGGCGGCCAGGAAGAUCGGUCUUACAGAGGCUAGCAGUCGUAAAAAGCGUGCCAUGCAAUUUGGUAGUCAUUCAGCAAGAAUGGAUGGAGAACGCCGAGGAGACAUGGGGUUAGAUGAAGCCAUUUCCUAG